AUGAUUUGGCUAUUUUUUCUAUUUCAAGUGAUUUCUAGUGAAUUGGGCGGUUUUCUUUGUCGACUUCCGAAAAAUGUCGGAUAUUCUUGUGGUGUCACAACACCGCAUUCUGCUUAUUAUUUCGAUUCGGAUAUUCGUGAGUUGAUUUUUGAUCUCUUGAUCUUCUGAACCUAUUGUUGAACUUCAGGAGAAUGCAUCGAAUUCAUGUUCGAAGGUUGUGGUGGAAAUCAGAACCGAUUCACUAGCAAAGACGAAUGUAUGGAGGGUUGUAAAAGUUUGGCGGCUUGCGGAAAAGGUAUGCCACUGAUGGAUUUUGCUGGGAAUAUCAAGAGAUGUGAUGGAGAGCGAGUUCCAUGUCCGGGAAGUCAUGAAUGUGUUGGGAGCGGUAUGACGAGUGUGUGUUGUCAGAAGGCUGAUCGGAUUUGUCAGUCUUCAGUGAAUCCAGGAUCGCCUUGUGGGGUUCCACCGAUGACUAGGUUUGAUUCUGCAAUUUUUAGUGAUUCACAAAAUAAAAAAAAACGUUUUUAACGUUAAGAAACUAAAAAAAUGAUUCACGAACGGUAUUUUUCACCAUUUUCUUAACACACUGAAUAAAGUGAAGCUACAACGCAUUUUAGUGUCCAGAAAUGAUAUUUCAAGACUUUCUAAUCAGCCUUAAAAAUUAAAUUGUUGAUUUUCGACAAUUACCAAUUAAAUUUUUUGGGAGAUGUGAGGGUUGAUUUGAUUUUUAAGCAGAAGGUUUUGAAAUAGCAUUUCUGGACACUAAAAUGCGUUUUAGCUUCACUUUAUUCAAUGUGUUAAAAAAAUGGUUUUAAAAAAUGAAUAAAAAUACCGUUGGUGAAUCACUUUUUUGGUUUUUUAACGUUAUAAAAACGUUUUUUUUAUUUCGUGAAUCAAUGAACAAAAAAUAACUGAAAAAUUCUAGAUUUUAUUUCGACUCUGCCUCAAAAACCUGCCGGCCUUUCGCCUUCAGUGGUUGUGGAGGCAACGAGAACAAUUUCAAAUCCAAAGGAGAUUGCAUGAUGUUUUGCUCAACGGAAAUCAUCUGCCCGCGCGGCGAACCGCACGCCGAUCGCUACUCAAUCAGCAACAUCGCCUCAUGUCUCGAGGACAAGCAUUGUCCGCGGAAUUACACGUGCACCGGUCGAGCUGGCAAAAAAGGAGCGUGUUGUCCGAGCAAGGAAUUUGUGUGUGGAAGUCCGUUUGAGAAUCGGAAUAAUUGUCGGAAGCAUUCGCCUGAAUUAGCCUGGUGGUUUGAUCAUCAGAAGGGGGAGUGUAAAAAGGUAUGUACCUUAGGUUUACCUUAAGGUAAUUAGAUUAAUCUUAGGUUCAGAACCUAUUUGUAUUCAGACAGAACAUUCGAAUUGUGAAGAGCACUUCAAUUCAUUCGCCAAUCAAGAACAAUGCUCCGAUUAUUGCGUUGGAACCUGUCCCAACGGCCUCGAAACCCAUCUCAACCCCCGAACAUCUCAGCCACAUCUCUGCGAUUCGGUGAAAAACGAGGGUUGCCCGAUGGGCUACGAGUGUCUGAAGAGUAGCCCAUACGCCUCGAUCUGUUGUCGAACUCAUCCGAUCUGCCCGUCUGCCGAGUCAAUACUCCUUCAAGAUGCCGAGAAAUUGGGUGAAGCGGUGAGAUGUGAUGCGAAUCGCGAUGAUAGUUGUCCGAUGGAUUAUUCGUGUCAGCAGGCGAAGAAUUUGGAGCAUAUUUGUUGCACAAAACCGCUGAGUUGUCCGGAGGGAAUGGAUGCGUUGAGGGAAAAUGGCGGAAGGCCGAGAGUGUGUUCGGUUGGGGUGGAUGGAGCGUGUCCGAUGGAUCAUAUGUGUGUACAAGGAGAGGGUGAGUUGGGCUAACUUGAGAAAGAUAAGGGGCCUCCUGGGGUUGGGAAGAAAUCAAGUUUGCUCUAUUGCACACCUUAUUUAGUUGUGUAUGUGUAAUUUUUUUGGAACUUGCUUACAAGGAACUUACAUUAGGGUGACAACGGGUUUUGAAAUAAGGUAAGUGCAGUCUUAGGUAAGUCGAUGAUCACGAUGCCGCAAAAAUUAGCUGCUGAGCUCCAGUCUGAGCCGCGCAAAUGAGCUCUAAAGCAAAUUUUGAUAGAAAAUUUUUGCAUUAAAAAAAUUCACGUUUCUCUGAAAAUUAAAGCAAUUUAUUUUUCACGUGAAAAUUUUUUGACUUAAAUUUUGCUUGGUGUCAACUUUUCGAUGGUCUCAAAAUCGACUCCAAACACGAAUUUUCGACAAAAACAGCUAAUUUUUGCGGCAUCGUGAUUAGCAGUUACCUAAGACUGCACUAACCUUAUUUCAAAACCCGUUAUCACCCUAAUGUAAGUCCCUUGUUAGGCUAAAGUGUACGAUCUUCUAAAGACACCCCCCCCCUGCUCCUCUCGCUAAAUCCUAAAUUCCAGGUUCAUCUGGUUCCGCUCGACAUCUUUGCUGCAAACCGCGCAAAAAAUGUGUGAUUCCCUACGUCGAGCCAUCCAAAAAGCGACCCCAACGAUGUUUCCCCGGCGAUUCAUCCUGUCCAGUAUCCACGGACUGUCUACCAGCUCUCGAAGACGCUGCAAAUCUCACAAAUGCCAUUGACAUUAUGUUUUUCUGUUGUCAUACCGUGAAUAUAUUCACCUGUCCGGAUGGAUCUACCCCGCUUUUGGAUGAGGAAACGGGGAAGCCAACAAGUUGCGCGAUAUCGAAUCCGAUGUCUUGCCCCUUCGAACAUGCGUGCACUUCAAUGAUCGAUGGAAGCACCGCGUGUUGUCAAGUUCCGAUCCAAGGUUGUGUGGAAGCACUAGUCGCUGCCGAUGGUUCACCAACAAUGUGUAAAGGUUGGGAUGAUAACACGUGCCCAGCUGGGAAGUGUCAAAAAGCACAAGACGGAAAUUAUUAUUGUUGUCGAGAUCAACCGUUGUUGCGAUUGUUCCAUGGAAUUCACACAGUACCACAGAUUGACGGAGUGGCACAGAGAGUUCGAGAGUAUUUGGCGAGAAGUUUAGGGGUGCAUAUGAGACCGAAACGGAGGAGACUUGAGUAUUUGAGGAUGUUGGAGGUGAAGCGCAACAAAUUUUGAUGUUUUGGUAUAUACAGUUUGAAUAAAAAAUUUAAAUAAUUUCAUUAGCGGGCACAGGGAAUCGGAGAUUAA